AUGGUGGAUGAAGGAAAAGGCAGCGAGAAAGGCAGGAGGAACAGAAGCGAGAAGGGCCACCGUGACAAGCAACACAUCACGACCACAUCCUGUGACAUCGUCGAGAAGGGGCUGCAAAAGGCGAGCCCCUGCAGUGAUGCAGGGACACAGAGGCCUGGCUAUAUGCACCCUGCAGGCACCCCUGCAGGCACCUCUGUGGGCACCCCUGCAGGCACCUCUGUGGGCACCCCUGCAGGCACCUCUGUGGGCACCCCUGCGGGCAUCCCUGCGGGCACCUCUGUGGGCACCCCUGCGGGCACCUCUGUGGGCACCCCUGUGGGUACCUCUGUGGGCACCCCUGCAGGCACCUCUGUGGGCACCCCUGCAGGCACCUCUGUGGGCACCCCUGCAGGCACCUCUGUGGGCACCCCUGCAGGCAUCCCUGAAGGCACCUCUGUGGGCACCUCUGCGGACACUGUACUCCAGGCUCCUGUGCGGACCUUAGAGGCUUUGUGGAGCCUGAAGAUGCUCCAAUGA